AUGACGCCGCCGUCGCCGCCGCCGCCCCAGAGUGGCCCGCCCGGCAGAGUCCCCACGCAUCUUCAAAUGUCAGAGCUUCAGCCACUCUUCCCCGAUCCCGUUCUUCCCAGCUAUAGCCUGCCGCCUUUUUCUCGAUUUCUGCAUUCAGCAUCUUCCAACGCUUUGGCAUCUUCAGCCCUGUCAUACCUUGCAAUCGUGACAGCUGCUUUCGAACCGCCACGAGUCAACUGCACCAUCGCAGCCAUGGUUGAUCUACCUUACGCCCUCGACGCAGAAACGUAUGUCUUCUCAUCUUCAAGGCCACCUCCCAUCCCCGCGACACCCGAUCAUGCGAUAUCAUCGCCCCUCAAGGCAUCCGAGCUCCAGGUCCUCCGCGCCCAGUAUGAAAAAGAAGGCGACAUGGUCGGCGUCCAAACCAAGUUCAACUACGCAUGGGGCCUCGUAAAAUCAGACUCCCGCAACGACCAACAACUAGGCGUCCGCCUCCUCUCCGAAAUCUUCCGCGUCUCCCCCGAGCGCCGCCGCGAGUGCCUCUUCUACCUCGCCCUCGGCAACUACAAGCUCGGAAACUACGGCGAGGCCCGCCGCUACAACGAUCUCCUCCUCGAGAAGGAGCCCGCCAACCUCCAGGCCUCCAACCUGCGCCAGCUCGUCGACGACAAGGUCGCCAAGGAAGGGCUCAUGGGUGUCGCGAUCAUCAGUGGUGUCGCGGUCGCGGCGGGUGUGGUGGGUGCGUUUUUGGUGAGGAAUGUCAAGAGGAGAUAG